AAUCGUUACACGGAAAAUACAUAUUUUUUAUUUAAACAACUUCGCCAAGCAACAUGUCAAAAGAGUAAAAGACUAUGGAAAAUUGACAGUGUUUGAACUUAAAACUAAGUUAAAUGGAAGAGGAGCACGGACGAGUGGAAAAAAGCGAGACUUAUUAAAAGGUUGGAAUGCACUUUCUUACUAUAAGACUGUCAUUUUAACGUCAGGGAAUUUACGCCAUCUAGUUAAGCUUUAUUAUUUUCUUUCAGAUUAGAAGAUUACGAUCGAAACAACAAUUUUCAAAACAUAGUAAUACCACAACCAUCACAAACUGCAUUUCACUGGCCAACAGAACAAUUUCGGAGCAUAGUACAUCAAGACAGAGACAUAAUACCACCAUUAACUUGGAAUUUUGUAAAGGCUUACUUCAUCUAUCGCGGUGCAAUUGACCAUCACAUGAACUCAGACAUAAAAUCAAUUGAAAAAGGAAAGCUACUUGCUGAAUCUAAAAGCACACAAGCAUGUAGUGUUUUGUAUUUGGAUGCAUGUGUAUAUUUUAGCAGUUUAGUUUAAGCGGCAAUGAAAAAAGGGUUACAUUACAGCACUAAACUAAAAAUUAAAUCAUCUGGAGAAAUCGAAAACACAAGUUGCGAGUGUCCUGCAGGUCAAGGUCCCCAUUCAACAUGCAAGCAUAUUGCAGUAGUUCUAUGCAUGCUGGUUGAGUUUAGAGAGAAAGGUGUGCUGGAUUUGGACUCCUGUACUGGUUCGUUGCAAACAUUUCAUCAACCUAAACAGAAACAUCAGGGUGGUCCUGUGGAAGCAUCAAAGCUUCCUGGUGUUUCCACAACAGAUGUGGACGAUGACCCCCGGCCAAUGGAAUACAGAAAUGCGCCAGACUACAACGACUUGGUGGAAUUUGAUGGUGAUUUGUUUAGUAAUCUCCCGCACUUAGGAAUUCACAAUACAGAAUUUUGUCGUGGCAAAGCAGUGAGUGCGUCAGCCUCAAACCCAGAGGUUACAAUUCCAAGUCUCGUCGCUGCUACCAUUGUGGGCGUAUGUGUCCUUGGACAAGAUACUUAACAGCAAUUGCUCCAACCCAGUGGUCACUAAUGGAAUGUCCA